CCGCGAUGUCGUCCGGCCCGGGGCGUGACGACCCGGGAGCAGGGGGCGCGCGGCGGCCGCGGGAGCCGCCCGAGCAGGAGCUGCAGCGGCGCCGGGAGCAGAAGCGGCGGCGGCACGACGCGCAGCAGCUGCAGCAGCUCAAGCACCUGGAGUCCUUUUAUGAAAAGCCUCCUCCUGGGCUUAUCAAGGAAGAUGAGACGAAGCCAGAAGACUGUAUACCAGAUGUACCGGGCAACGAACAUGCCCGGGAGUUUCUGGCUCACGCGCCAACUAAAGGACUUUGGAUGCCCUUGGGGAAAGAAGUCAAAGUGAUGCAGUGUUGGCGUUGCAAACGGUAUGGUCACCGAACGGGCGACAAAGAAUGUCCUUUCUUUAUCAAAGGCAACCAAAAGUUAGAACAGUUCAGAGUAGCACAUGAAGAUCCCAUGUAUGACAUCAUUCGGGAGAAUAAAAGACACGAAAAGGAUGUAAGGAUACAGCAGUUAAAACAGUUACUGGAGGAUUCUACCUCAGAUGAAGAAGGGAGCAGCUCCAGUUCCUCAGAAUGUCAAGAGAAACACAAGAAAAAGAAGAAGAAAGAAAAACAUAAGAAAAAGAAGAAAGAAAAGAAAAAGAAGAAAAAACGGAAACAUAAGUCUUCCAAGUCAAAUGAGAGUUCAGACUCUGAGUGACAGUAUCCUGACUUUCACAUUCUCUUCUCAAAAGCAAACACUGCAGCCAAAGAACAGGGGGAGCUGCCAUCUGAGCGUAACGGGAUCCACAGACCAGAGAGAGGAGGGUCUUGGGCGUCACGGCUGUGAAGUGUCAGCACCACCCAGUGGAGAGCUGACCCUCAGCAGAGUGCGUUGUCUCUUCCUAGGACCCAGCGCUGAGCAGCAGCUGACUUGGCUCAGACAGGAAGGCUUGUUCCGUGUCCGUCUCCCUGCCGGCCACCUGAGUGUGCCAUUCCUGCGAUCCUCCUGCAAGGCGCAGGCUGAAGCAUUGAGGAAGUUCUUCUGGGUUCUGGGACAAAUUCUGCCCCCAUAACGGGGCGACUCGAGUCCCAUGGACUUCAGAAUCAACCCUGCUCUGUUGUUGAGGAUAAUUAAAGUUCAUGAUGUAUUUUUUAAAUGUAGUUAUUUAUGAAUAUGUGCAUGUGGUCAAAAUUUACAAUGUUUGUAUGGUUUAAUUAUGAAAACCUUACCUUCCUCCUCUCUAACCACAGUUCUUUCCCAGCGAUUGUCCGUGUUGCCAGUUUCUUUUAAAGGUUCCCAGAAAUAUCUCAUAUUUCACAAAUAUGGGAUGUUUUAUACACGUACUCUGUAGAGAUUCACUUACAUGUAGUACUUUUUAACUUCACCAUGUGAAGUGACCAUCUUUACAUGGAGAGUGUACGACCUUGCCACCUUACCUAUAAAGGGUAUAUGUUUAUAUUCAACUGAUAUGAUUUAUUGAUUUGGGGGAACAGGUCCUGUCACAGCAGUGAAGAAUCUUAUAUGGAACUGGCUUGCAUCUU